GCAGCAGCUACUUCCCAUGUCCUCAUCGUGGUAUAUGAAUCAUGAAGAACUUAUCCAGUUAUCUCCUCUCAGAUCAAAAGAACAAAGACAAGCACGCUCACAGCAAAUUGAAACAGGCAUGAAACUGAAGUGAAGAACGUUUGACACAAACAAAGUUUAGUGAUUACCACUCUCCAGCAAUGCCUUGCUUCGAAUUUUCCAAAUUCCUUUUGUCUCUCUUCGUAAUUCCCUUGCUCAGCCUUACCGGUGAAGCAGCAACAUACCGCGGUCACUACUGCUCGGUGACGACCAUCGCCACCGCCAACAGGACCCUUUUCGCCGCCAACAGCACCUACGAAUCGAACCUCAAGAUCGUCCUCUCUUCUCUUUCCUCUAACGCCACCCGUGUCACUACUGGGUUCUACAACGCCUCCGCCGGUGAAAAUCCUGACGAGGUGGUCUCCGGGCUCUUUCUCUGCCGUGGCGACGUCAACACCACCGUCUGUCAGGACUGCGUUGCCACUGCUACCAAAGAGGUACGACAACUCUGCCCGUUGGAUAAAGUGGCUUUAUUAUGGUACGACGAGUGCUUCUUACGGUACUCCAAUCUAUCCAUCUUCGCCACCAUUAACGAAGUGCCCGGGAUAAAAAUAAACAGCACGCAGAAUAUCGGAGAGACAGAGAGGGGUCAGUUCAAUGACUUGUUGUCCAGCACGCUGAAUUUGUUGGCGAGGCGAGCCGCGGACUCUCAGUCGGGCAAGAAAUUUGCGACGGAUGAAGUGGAAUUUACCGGUUCACAGACGCUAUAUAGCCUGCUGCAGUGUACGCCCGACCUGACCGACUCCGAUUGCUUUAGAUGUUUCCAAAGCGCCAUCGGUACUCUUCCUAUGUGCUGCGGUGGAAAACAAGGCGGAGGUAUGCUGCUCCCCAGUUGUGUUGUUAGAUAUGACAUGAACCCAUUCUACAACAUCACUGCUGCUUCGCCUACACGUCCUCCUCUUGCUCCAGGAGGACGCAAAACUUCAUCGCUGACAAUUCUUGCCAUUGCCAUUCCAAUUGCUGUUUCUAUGGUUCUUUUCUUCGUGGGAUAUUGCUUUAUUCGGAGAAGAGCAAGGAAGAAAUACAAUACGUUACCAGAAGAAAGAGCUGAAGUUGAAAUUACAACAGUCGAGUCCUUGCAAUUUGACUUGGAUACAUUAGAAACUGCCACAAACAAGUUCUCUGAGGAUAACAAGAUAGGUGAAGGAGGAUUUGGUCCAGUUUACAAGGGUAUCCUUUGUAAUGGACAACAAAUUGCUGUGAAGAGGCUAUCCGGAGGAUCUGGACAGGGUGCAGAAGAGUUUAAGAAUGAGAUCUUGUUGGUGGCCAAGCUUCAACAUAGGAAUCUUGUGAGGCUAUUGGGAUUUUGCUUGGAAGGAGAAGAGAAGUUACUUGUCUACGAAUAUGUGCCCAAGAAAAGCCUUGAUUACUUUCUAUUCGACGCUACAAAGCGACAACAAUUGGAUUGGCCAAUGCGGUACAAGAUUAUAGGAGGAAUUGCUCGAGGGAUCCUUUAUCUUCAUGAAGAUUCUCGCCUUAGAGUUAUUCAUCGUGAUCUCAAAGCUAGCAAUGUUUUGUUAGACGAUAAUAUGAACCCAAAGAUUUCGGAUUUUGGAAUGGCAAGGAUAUUUGUCUUGGAUCAAACUCAAGGAAGUACAAGUAAAAUUGUUGGAACAUAUGGUUACAUGUCUCCAGAGUAUGCUAUGCAUGGACGAUAUUCUGUGAAGUCUGACGUUUUUAGCUUCGGAGUCUUGGUUCUAGAGAUCAUAAGCGGCAAGAAGAACAGUGGUGUCUAUCAAUCCGAACAUGCUGAGGACCUCUUGAGUUUUGCUUGGAAGCAAUGGAUAAACAGAACACCCGUGGAAUUGUUGGAUCCCACAGUGAGACAUUCUUAUUCAAGAAAUGAAGUGAUUAGGUGCAUCCAUAUGGGCUUAUUAUGUGUUCAGGAAGAUCCCGCAAACCGACCUACAAUGGCAACAAUAGCUCUCAUGCUUAACAGUUACUCUGUUACGCUUCCAUUACCUCAGCAGCCAGCAUUUUUACAUCGAGGCAGAGCAAAGCCAAACAGGCCAACACAGGAGCUGGAGUCUGAUCAAUCUCCAAGUCAAUCAAUUGCAUGGUCCAUAAAUGAAGCAUCAUUCACUGAAAUACAACCUCGAUAAUGUGAGACUGGACAAGGUGUUCUCCAAAAUCAGUACACGAUAGUAAGUGGCGGAACUUGUGCUCUAAUUUGGAUACAGCUCGUUUUGUUGAUUAGAUAGUCAAUAAUCAAUCUCACUGAUAAGUUUACUGCUAUUUAGUUCUAAUAUCAGUACAAACUACAAACUAGGGAUGUAUGAAUUGCAUUUCUUACCCUUCAGAAAAUGUAGUUUUUGGGUGUAAGAUCACUCGUUUCA